CCCUGCAGAUCGGCCGUAAGAGGACGGGGCUGUGUUUUGCUGCAUCCCAGACCUGGCGGAGGAGGGAAGAGAAAACGAGGGCUGCCAUGGCGGCUGUGGACAGCUUCUACCUCCUGUACAGGGAAGUUGCCAGGUCCUGCAGUUGCUACAUGGAAGCCCUCGCCUUGGUUGGAGCCUGGUACACGGCCAGAAAGAGCAUCACCAUCAUCUGCGACUUCUACAGCCUGGUCCGGCUGCAUUUUAUCCCCCGCCUGGGGAGCAGAGCAGACCUGACCAGGCAGUACGGACGCUGGGCUGUCGUCAGCGGGGCGACGGACGGCAUCGGGAAAGCCUACGCCGAGGAGCUCGCCAGCCGCGGUCUCAACGUCGUCCUCAUCAGCCGCAGCGACGAGAGGCUGCAGGCCGUCGCCAGAGGCAUCGCUGACACCUACGGGGUGCAGACCGACGUGAUAGUCGCCGACUUCAGCAGCGGCCGAGAGAUCUACGCACCCAUUCGCGAAGCCCUGAAAGACAAAGACAUCGGCAUCUUGGUGAACAACGUGGGUGUGUCUUACCCCCACCCCCAGUAUUUCACUCAGGUCCCAGAGGACAAGCUCUGGGACAUCAUAAACGUGAACAUUGCCGCCGCUAGUCUCAUGGUCCGGAUAGUGUUGCCUGGAAUGGUGGAGAGGAAGAGAGGCGCCAUCGUCACCAUCUCUUCCGGCUCCUGCUGCAAACCCACUCCGCAGCUGGCUGCGUACUCUGCUUCGAAGGCCUACCUGGACCACUUGAGCCGAGCGCUGCAGUACGAGUACACUUCGAAAGGCAUCUUCGUGCAGAGUCUGAUCCCCUUCUACGUAGCCACCAACACGGCUGCACCCAGCAGCUUCCUGCACAAGUGCCCCUGGUUGGUGCCUUCGCCGAAAGUGUACGCCCAUCACGCCGUCUCUACGCUGGGCAUUUCCACGAGGACCACAGGAUACUGGGCCCACUCUAUUCAGUUUCUUUUUGCACAGUAUAUGCCUGAGUGGCUCUGGGUGUGGGGAGCAAACAUUCUCAACCGCUCGUUCCGUAAGGAGGCCUUAACCUGCAGAGCUUGAAGCUGGGUGACCCCUGAGAAGUUUGGCCGAAUCAUGGUAACCUGCAGUCUUCUGCCGUCUGGAAAACCACGUUCCAUUUAUCCUGUGUUUUCUUUGAUUACUGAUUGCCUAGAUAGGUGAUGCGCCUCCUGCAAAGCAGACCUAAUUCUGCAGAGCGCUGUGAGAACACCUCAAGCGCCCAGGACCCCGGGCUGUGUGCACGCAGCGCCAGAAGCAUCGCAGCCACGCGGACGCCUUCAUUUCUGGGCUUCUUUUCAAGUUGUGUGAUUGAAGUUGCUGUCGGAGCCGGGCGAUCGAACAGAGACAUUACCUGACUCGUCAGCACUGGCUCCUAAGGGGAAUGGCCGUCUUCCCUUUACAGGUGACGGUGUCGGUUUUCGAAUGUCCAUCAGGAAAACCAACUGAAGUGUUACUUGUGACUGAAGCUGCUGGUAUUGUUAGCACUAAAGACCUGUGUGAUGUUGUGUAGCUGUCGCCGUGGGUCUGUGUGCGAGCGCUGCCCUUCAGCGGAGAUCCCAGUAGAGAACCGCGUGUGGAUGCGUGUCGUGUGUCUGUGUGUGUGGGCGGACGACGGGGUUACCUCAUAAGGAUUUGUCGGGGGGACUGAACUCGGAACGUCAAGGGCAUCAAGCAGUUGAAUCCUUUGCACUGUAAACAAGUGUGCCAGUUCUGUGCUGGAGUUUGCCACGUGUACUGCUUCCUGCGUCACGUUUUGUGUUUCCAAAUCCAUGGAAUAAAUUCCUUCCUAGAUGUGAAUGUGUAGUGGGUGACUCUGUCAGCUUUGGUUCGACAGAUAAUGACUGUGGGUGCGUAGGGGCUUCUCAGACUGUGCUGUACUUUGUAGCUGCAGUGGAGCCCUUUAGAGCUUGUUCUGUCUGAUUUCCACAUGCUUUUUAUGUAAUAUUAUUCUGUUCCGUAGCAUAUUGAUAGAAACAUCAAGUAUUUAUGGAAUAGUCGUUAAGAUAUGGACAAAUUAUGUGUGUGAUAUGUACCUGUUGAAAUAAGUAAGUUAGCUCAUUUCUGGUUCAUGUAGUGAAUUUAUGUACGACAGUGAGUGUUUUACCAGUAUGACUAUAAACAUAACGCCCACGAUUCGGGUUGGUGUUGAAA